AAUCGUUCUAUAAAUAGCAAAGCAAUUAUAUCAUCUCCUCACCACACAAAAAAGGAUAAACACCAAAUUAACAAAAUUCUCAAACACCUUAUAUGAAACUAAUUAGUGCAACAAUGAGCAAGGGGAUUAAUUACCUAAGUCUAGCUCAUUUUGUUGCUUUCUUGAUCCUUAUUUCCAUGGCUUGUAGUAACACAUUAGUUGUUGAAGCUCAAAGGCACAGGGCGCCAGAUGCAAAAGAAGGGAAAUUUUCACUUGCAGUUUCUGGUCGUACAAAGGCUAUUUUAACUAUCAAUGACUUUCGAAAAGGUGGUGAAGGAGGGGGUCCUUCAGAAUGUAGUGGCAAAUAUUACGAUAAUUCUAUUCCAAUUGUGGCUUUAUCAACUGGAUGGUACAAUAAAGGGAGACGAUGUUUUGAAAAGAUAACAAUUUAUGCAAAUGGGAAGAGUACAAAAGCAAUGGUUGUUGACGAAUGUGACACAAGUAGAGGAUGUAGAAAUAAUAUUGUGGAUGCUUCUGAAGCUGUGUGGAAAGCUUUGGGUGUUCCUAAAAAAGACUGGGGUUGGCUUGAAAUCUUCUGGUCUGAUUAAUCAAUUUAAUCUUUUGUAUGGUUAUAUUUGCAAAGAUAAUAAAGUCUUCCUCCUUAGCUUUCAUUUCAAUAAUAAACUGUUUGCAAGGCUUACUUUGCCUUAAUCUUGUUACGCUAUCGCAAUAAAAAGGAUUUGGCUUAUGUCCACUGCAGUGUAAAGAGUUUUUACAUUAUCAGUAUGUCCA